AUAUGCAAAAGUUUUCAGUACAGAGUUUCCAGUAUUUUUUACACGUUUUUAGUACAGUAGUAUCUAGAAAACAGAGCUGAAUUCGGAUUUUGCAUAUUGAUUAAACUCGUGGUGUCACGAACAUCAGGAUUUUUCAUCAUUCAGGUUGACGACUAGCCUGGAGCUAAGAACUCCAAUCAAAGACCCAUCGACAAGUGGCAGUCUGCCAACAUAUUUUCGAAAUUGAUUUAUCUUCUUGGAACAUUAUACAGCCUUAUAAAACCAUCAGCCAUGUUCAUGUAUGUAAAGAUUCCAUAACUAUGGAGAAAAGAUUCGACAAUAUUUAAGAUAAUUGAAACCACUCACAAUAGAAUGAUUGUCUCUGCCACAAUGAAAGGUGCAAACAAAGACAGGCAGAUGUUUUCCUACCUGCUAGCAACAAGAAAAAUUAGUGGAUUCUCUCCUUUCUGUUGUCAGUUGGGAAGUUUCGUCGAUGAUGCUGCAUUGCUCUAUUGCGUUUGAAAAUUUACAGAAUAUUUUGUGAUGUUGACGCUGCUGUGAAAUGUGAGAUGUCAUCCAAUAUGUAGCUUGAGUGAAAAUUGAAGAUGGCAACAUCAUCAAACCUGACCGUUGGCAGCAGCAGAGAUGUACUACUUGAUGCCAAAGGAAUAAGUGGUUUUGAUUCAGCUUUCCUUGUUUUCAUAUUGAUAACUUCCAGUGUUACCAAUGGAUUUCUUAUUUGCAAAAUCAUCACAGACCGUAGACUACAGACAUCAAUCAAUUUCUUGCUAAUGAUCCAUAAUGUUUUGAAUGUCUUGCUAUGCCUCUCUACUUUGCUUCCGGCAUCUCUUGUCCUUACUGGGAGACUAACAAGUAUAAGCCAAGAUCUAUGCUGUGUUAAUGCAUCUAGCUAUUCAUUGAUAAAUUUCAUGUCAGUAUCAAACCUUGCAACCAUUGCUGUUGAUCGAUGGCGGACAAUUUCAAACAGCAAAUAUCAGCUUGUUGCUAAGCAGAUUCUAUUGGGUCAGUUAUUACAACUCACCAUUGCUGUUGUAUUUUCAUUGCCAUUAAGCUAUUGGUUCAACAAAGAAAACACGGUCAUUCAAUUUUCCCAAGGCUUUUUGAAAUGCAGAGUCCAUCAUAAAACACUGGAUGAGAAUACAGCAUCUAUAAUCAGUCUAUUGGUAAUGCACUGUGCUAUAUUCAUUCUGAUUCCUGCAGCCAUUAUAGUUUUUUGUUUCGUAAAGAUUUUCAAUAAGGUCAAGGGGCGUUGGAAUAUGGUAGGACCAUUGAUACAAGCUCCUGAUGGAAUACCUGUUGGCUGUUACCUCAAAUCUGCUUAUACAAAUGCCUUACUUGCCAGUGGCUUUUUGUUACUUCGGUACCCAGAGUUGUUGUUCAUCACUGCAGACUCAGUUGUGACUUUUAAUUCAAAAACUGAGAUUUACAUACAGCGUUUAUCUGCCUACAUAACAUGGAUUGAAACAUCACUUUUUCCUUUUGUAUGCAUCAUGAGAAAUACAACAUUGUUGAGACAGGUAACUUCUAUGGCAUGCUGCAACUUUAUUAUGAAUACAUUGUCAACAAGGCAGGACAGAAGGAGAAGGCAGUAUGAAGUUGAACAGUCAACUGCUUCAGAUCGCUGCAUGAUAACCCCAACUCAGGACCCCCAGGAUGUUGGAAUCGGCUCAGCUGCUUCAAGCUCAAUAUCAACCCUUAGGUCUGGUUCUCCAGUUUGGAGCAAAGCAUCUUCAGUAAAGGAUGCAUGGACAGUUGCAGCACCGCAACCAGUCACAGUCUUUUGAGACUUUAAAUUAAUUUAUUUCUAUUUAGAAUUGUAGUUUCCCCACAUUGAUCAUACUCCUUGUGAAAAACGCUGUGAGCAACUUUAUUUAAAUAGGAAAUUUUGGUCAUGUCAUGGCGAUUCUGUAAAAAUUUUUAGGCUAUUUUGGGUCCUGUAUUUGGGGAAUUUCAAAUGCCUCCUCAAACCUUAUUUCUUCAAAUCAACUAAGCCACAUGGUCUUUCUGCUUGAUAAGUAAACAGGCAGUUAUUGGAGAUUAAAGCACCACCGCAAAAGUAAUCUUUUCGCUCUGGCAGCUUAGGAAUACGCAUUUUGAAGCAAUUAUCCAGCAAUUUCCUUAAUUAUUUGUUUGUGCAGUACUGGAAGACCUGUCGAAAAACGGCUCUGCCAAGUUAUUUCAUUUCGAUCAAGGUUCUUUCAUUAAAUGACUUCAAUUUGUUUAAUUAAUAUAUCUUAAUGCCUGCUAUGCUAAUUUUGUGUUUGGCAAGGAAUUGUUCGAUCAACGCCUUGAAAACCUAAAACCUUCAACGCCUCGCAACAUCCUCGAAAAAUGCUGUUUCUCUCCGAAAUGCGAAAAAUUUAAUCUGACUCUCUUCCUUCUGAUCUUUGUAUUUGCCCCCUCUGCCAUGAUAUAUUUUUCGAUUAUCGAAGGAAUUAGGCCUUGUCUUUCCUGUGAAUGCUGUGCACUUCAAUAUGCAGUGGUGGAUUUAAGGGGGGCAACUAGGGGCAGGCUGUCCCUCCCUCAAUGCGUUGGAGCAAAUCUGGCGCCCCUUUUUUGGAAAUUGUGCGCCUCUUUUGAAGAAUAAGAAUCAGGUGAAAAAGUUUCUGAGACCGAUACGUUAAUUUGCUUCGAAGAUAACUUCAAAUUAUGUUGUGUAUUCUGAAAAUGGAUCUGAAAUUGUUGUAUACAGCGUACUCUCGUCACCAAUUUUGAAAAUUUUUCAGCGCCCUCACUACCGACCGCCCCUCCUUCAAAUUUGCUCUGGAUCUGCCCCUGUCAACAUGAAUUAUAAGAUUUAUUAUUUUUUAUUCUUGUGUAUAGAGUAUAAUAAAAUGG